AUGGGUCAAGUAAUGGGUGAAAUGCCGACGACGAUCCCAGGAUUGAAAGAAGAACGCGAUCGCGUUCUUCACUGGAGUGGUGAAAUAUUAGCAAAAGUUAGCGAUAAUAUUCGCAGUGAAGACACAUUUCUGAUGGAUUAUACCGAUGAAAAACUUAAUCAGAAAGUCAAAGUUUGGAUUGAUAAAGGAAUGAUUCAAAUUAACCAAGCUUGGAGUAAAGUUCCGAAUAUUACUCAGGAAUGUAAAAAUACUACCAUAGCAAAGGUCGAAAAGCUUAAAGAAGAAUUUUCUUCGAAAAUAAGAAAAGAAUAUGAAUCGGCUUAUUCCGAGAUAAAAAAAUUUACAAAAAGAGUUGACAAAUUUGGUAGCGAGGAGAGAAAGUUACACGAGGCGAUACAACAGGUAGAGAACGAGGCUGGAGGUGACGUAACUAAAUUCCAAAAAAAAUUUGGACCUCUGAGAGUAAAAGUCUUCAAAAAUUUAGAGAUUGGAGAAAAAUUUGUAUUCGAAGAUAAACGCUUAAAGGAUACAUUUACGAAGAAGGUUUACGAAAUAGACAGUAAAUUGGCAAGAAACGUUCAUUCCCAACGUGAUGUAUUAAACGUAUAA